ACCAAACGAUGAGAUCGCGGGAGAUCGACCCCUUCAUGAAGUGAAGAAGUUGGAUCUCGAUUGCGGCAACGUGCAGGUCAAAGAAACAAGCAUGCGGCAGUCCCAAGCUCUUCCUCCGGAGCCGUACGCAUAUAUAAUGCCCCUGCUAUGACCCUUCCUCCUCAUCCCCCGCUCCUCAUCGCAUCUGCCUCCCCGCCUAUCACUCACUACAAUGAAUUCCUCUAACUCUUUCAUGGGCUUCUCAUUUGACCAGCCCGCUUCCCCCUUCCUCUCUUCGGGUUCAUCCUCACCUGAACUCUCUCGAGGUCACUACCUCUACCCGGAUAGUGACUUCUCCUCCCCCGAGAGCAUCUCCCAUGGGGAUCUUCCCCUUGCUCCGGAUACUAUCUUCGAGUGCCCAGAGCACCCGUUGGUAGAUUCCUACUUGAACGACGACGCUUUUAGCAACGAUGGAACUGUCAAUCCUGCUGACCUGUUCUACCAGGACCAGCCUUACAAUCCUCCUCCCGUCCGUCCACGCGAGUCGAGCCUCGACGGUGCCCUCAUUCUCGCACCUGAGUUUGAUAAGAUGCAUCUCGAACGCCACGCACUCGACUCCCCUUCCCCUUCCCCUUCCCUUUCUCCUUCUCCUCGUACCUCUCGUCGAACUCGUUCCUCUCGCACAUCUACCUCCUACUCUGGGGAAUCCGAUACGUACAGCUCGGAUGGUGAUGACGGAGAGUACAGACCUCGCCGAAAGUCUUCGCGUCUCAUCAAACAAGCUGCCUAUCAUCCUUACGGUGGAGCCUAUGCGUCCUCUCGUUCCUCGAGGACUCCAUCUCCCGCCUUAUCCCUUACCCAGCGCCCGGAGCCUUACAUCCGCACUACCUCUCGUCGUAGCCUGCAGUGCGCGCCCGGCGAGGUGUUGAGCCUUGAUUUGCACGGAGACCACGGGUUCCAGUGCACCAAAGGAGAUUGCCACUACGUUCAGAAGAACGAGCGUAUCCCAGACCUCAAGCGCCACAUUCGUGCUCACCAGGGCGGGACGAAGAUCAUCUGCUGCGGUCAGCCUAUUGGUCCUGAUCAUCCUCAUUGGGCCGAUGGUUACCUAUGGGAGGGUAAGAUAAGGUGGGGCGGUUGCUGGAGGACCUUUAGUCGAAAGGACGCAUUGACCAGGCACCUCAAUACGCAGUGUUGCUUGCAUCCUCAACUUUAAAGCAAAAACGCUUUGAUACGCUUGAACGAUCUUUGAUCCACGGUAAGCAGCCUUCUAUCUUACCUUAUGCGAACAUCGUCUGACAAUCUCUUCAUAGAAAUGAAUCUUUAACGAAAGUGCUGUAGCCAAUAGGUGGCCGCUUGUCUCUUUUUCCUUUCAUCUGUUUCCUCUCCUCUCUCCUCCUUCUCCUUUUCUUGAACGCUUGAAGCAUCUAUGUUCCCCCCACUCCCCUCUCCAUACCUGUACUACUAUACCUCGCGUCGUUCCAUACCCUUCUGGUUAUUUCCUCUUGAGCUGUCGAGCGUACUCUUGAUUUGGUCUCACUCUCCUCUUGAUUUGGUUUCACUUUUCCCUUGUCUCUGUCUCGUCUCUAAUUUCCUAAUCUCUCUCCUCGUUAUCUCCCCUGUAAAUACUUAGUCUGUCGAGCGGAAUGGAUCUCUAUUUUUGCUCUCAUAGCUAUCAUGAUCUUCAGCGAGAUAUAUAGUCCCUGGACUCAACACCCUCAUCGCCGCCUCGCUCUUGGGCUCAACAAUGCACGCGUCC